GGUGAUCUUGAAGUCAGUUGGUCUCCAUCGUGCAACAUUGGCUGCUUCUGAUUGUCUUGCAUGCUGGAGCAGUUGCGUGUGCUCACUGACCAACUUCAGGGAAGUUCAAUGGAGCAACUUGUGGCAGAUCUCGCUACUACCGUUGUCAGCAUGCUACUAGUAGGACCUCUACUUCGAGAAGGAAGUAGGGCUCGACCUGUCGGUGUGUUCUUGUGUGGCGCCCUCGCUGCCUUAUGUUCACCACUGACGAGUCUGAAACCGGAGAGGGUGCCGCUUUCCUGCUUCUUGGCCAUGGACGACCUCCAGCAUGAGCUCUCCAGGAUGAACACGCUCGCUGGCAUCACUGUCAAGUUCAGGGUCAAGCGGAAGGAGGAGUGGAUAUGUUGGACGAGUCAGUAAUAAAGUUCCUGGAGCAUUAUGCCUGCCGGUCCAGCGUCUUCUUGCGCUCUGUCACCACCGUUGUCUUGAAGGUCCUGUUCUUGUUUCAGUUCCGCUUGGGUGGCUUCUAGUCUCAUGUUCAUCUUCUCCGCAGAUUUGGUUUCAGAAAUAAAUAGCCCCCUUUUUUUUCCUAUGUGUAAAUUGGUGAGAAACAAAGAAAAGAUAAUCGUGUAUUGUCUAUCAUGUCUAAAUCUAACACAACAAACUGCAAUUAUGAUGUUUAGAAGUUGUGAUAAUGUCAAGACUGAGUCAAGUGCAGCUGAUCUGGAGCUUUAUAGUAGCCUCCUUUUGUUCGUACUGUAUGUUAUGGAUUGGUGCUGUGUAAUCUUGACCAUUUUUGUGUAGGGAGGAUAACUCCUUUGCUUUCCGUGGUUUGAUUCUGAUGAUAGCAUGGAUAUCAAUUUAGUUUUCUUGUUAUAAUUCCUAAGUGAGGAUACCUGCUUCCGAUUGGUUGAACUUUGAUUUUCUACGU